AUGGAAAUACCAAACUAUGAUAGUGGUGACAACCCAGAUAAAAAAUAUAAACAGUUAUUUCCUUACAUGCCAUCAGAUACAUUUCGGAUGUUAAUCUGUGGAAACAGUGGAAGUGGGAAAACUAAUCUUUUGUAUCAUAUGUUAAUUAAACCUCUACUGUAUUAUGAUGAAAUUUAUCUUUACGCGCGUAAUUUAGAACAGGAUAAGUAUCAAAAGCUAAUUCAAAAAAUGAGGGAGUUGAGUAGUAAACUAGGAUAUGAAAUACUUCAUGUGAGUAAUGAUGAAAUAACACCAGUUACAGAAAUGGAUUAUGAAGACAAUCAAAAACUUGUGAUAUUCGAUGACUAUGUUUGUGAUAAAAACCAGAGACAACUGAUUGAUUAUUUUAUUCAAGGACGACAUAAGAAUUGUUCGGUAGUGUAUCUCAGUCAAUCGUUUUAUAAAACUCCAAAGGAUAUUCGGUUGAAUUGUUCUCAUUACUGUUUAUACGAAUUUCCAUCAUCAAGGGAAGCCAACAGAAUAUCAUCUGAGUUGGGGGUGGGUAAAGAAGAUUACCACGCAGCAACUAAAAAACCAUAUUCAUUNACAAUCAAAAACUUGUGAUAUUCGAUGACUAUGUUUGUGAUAAAAACCAGAGACAACUGAUUGAUUAUUUUAUUCAAGGACGACAUAAGAAUUGUUCGGUAGUGUAUCUCAGUCAAUCGUUUUAUAAAACUCCAAAGGAUAUUCGGUUGAAUUGUUCUCAUUACUGUUUAUACGAAUUUCCAUCAUCAAGGGAAGCCAACAGAAUAUCAUCUGAGUUGGGGGUGGGUAAAGAAGAUUACCACGCAGCAACUAAAAAACCAUAUUCAUUUCUAUAUGUUGAUAAACCAAGAAAACGUAUUGCAAAAAACUUUACUGGUAAUCUAACCUAA